GAUAUGUCCUCAGCACCAACUACUCCUCCAUCAGUGGAUAAAGUAGACGGAUUUUCUCGGAAGUCCGUCAGAAAAGCCAGACAGAAGAGGUCACAAAGCUCCUCCCAGUUUAGGUCUCAGGGCAAGCCUAUCGAGUUAACUCCCCUGCCUCUGCUAAAAGACGUUCCAUCUUCAGAGCAGCCUGAACUGUUCCUAAAGAAACUUCAGCAGUGCUGUGUCAUUUUUGACUUCAUGGACACGCUUUCAGACCUUAAAAUGAAAGAAUACAAGCGCUCCACUCUUAAUGAACUGGUGGACUACAUUACAAUAAGCAGAGGCUGUUUGACAGAGCAGACUUACCCUGAAGUAGUUAGAAUGGUAUCCUGCAAUAUCUUCAGAACUCUCCCACCUAGUGACAGCAAUGAAUUUGAUCCAGAAGAAGAUGAGCCCACCCUGGAGGCAUCAUGGCCACAUUUACAGCUUGUAUAUGAGUUUUUCAUACGAUUUUUGGAAAGCCAAGAAUUCCAGCCCAGCAUUGCCAAAAAGUACAUAGAUCAGAAAUUUGUAUUGCAGCUGUUGGAGCUGUUUGACAGCGAAGACCCUCGAGAAAGAGACUACCUAAAAACAGUCUUGCACAGAAUCUAUGGCAAGUUUCUGGGUCUUAGAGCAUUUAUCCGAAAACAGAUUAAUAAUAUUUUUCUACGAUUUGUUUAUGAAACCGAACACUUCAAUGGCGUAGCUGAACUGUUGGAAAUUUUAGGAAGUAUUAUCAAUGGUUUUGCUUUACCUCUCAAGGCAGAGCAUAAACAGUUUCUGGUGAAGGUGCUGAUCCCUUUACAUACCGUCAGGAGUUUAUCGCUCUUCCAUGCACAGCUGGCGUAUUGCAUAGUACAGUUUCUGGAGAAGGACCCCUCGCUGACAGAACCAGUCAUUAGAGGUUUAAUGAAGUUCUGGCCAAAAACCUGCAGUCAGAAAGAGGUCAUGUUCCUAGGAGAGCUGGAGGAGAUCCUGGAUGUCAUCGAACCAUCACAGUUUGUCAAAAUCCAGGAACCCUUGUUUAAACAAAUUGCCAAGUGUGUCUCUAGCCCUCAUUUUCAGGUGGCUGAGAGAGCGCUGUAUUAUUGGAAUAAUGAAUACAUCAUGAGUUUGAUAGAGGAGAAUUCAAAUGUUAUACUUCCCAUCAUGUUUUCCAGCCUUUAUAGGAUUUCUAAAGAACACUGGAAUCCGUAAGUUUUUGCCAUUGCACUUUAUCUUACUCUUUGGCAUACCACUGAUACACUCAGGGGAUGUCUGCUGAAGAACAUCUGA